AUGUCGAGUCAUUCUAAAGAUUGUAAAUACACUCUUGAGAAAAAUGAGUUAGUGGUGGGGAUGCAAACUUUCAAUAAUAUUAUGCAGGUUUAUUCGAUUUCCAGGGGUUCGAAUUGCUUCUUCUCCAGAAAGAUUGCUAUUUCUAAUCUGUAUUUGCAAAUGCCCAAGGAAAUUAAGGACGUUCGUGAAUUCAUCACUGCGGCAAGAAGAAAGGAUGCUUCUAUGAUCAAGAUUAAGAAGAAUAAAUCCGGCGAGACCAAGUUCAAGGUGCGAUGCAGCAAGUACUUGUACACUCUCGUCGUUAAGGAUGCGAAUAAGGCUGAGAAACUGGCCAAGACUCUUCCUCCUGGUAUUAUGCUUAAGAAGAUCGAUAACUAAUUUGGAAAUGCUUGCCGCUUGGAAAUACGAUCUUAGAAA